AUGAUGCUGUCGCGAAUGCGGCGGAGGAGCGCGGGGGAGGAGGAGGAGCGGAGGGGCAGAGAGACAGAAGAGCACGCGUGGAGACUGUCAUGUGACCAGCACUCGAGGAUCCUGAUCGAAGUGGCAGCGCAUGUCGCCUCCAUCUACACCCUCCUGGUGGAGCUGUACGCCGUGACUUUCGAUGUCCGGCCGCUGGCGACGUGGGUCAUCGUCUUCUCGUGCAUGGCCGACUCCAUGCUGUCCGUCGACUUCAUCGUCAGCUUCUUCACGAGCUACUGGUGGCUGUCGGGCGAGGGGGUGUGGAAGCAGGAGUUCGACCUCUCCAGGAUCAGCUGGCGGUACCUGACUGGCUCCUUCCUCAUUGACGUCUGGAGCAUCUUUCCCGCACAGCUCCUGCUCAAGGUCGUCGACCCUCUCGGCAUCAUGGAGGACCCAGGCAUCUCCAUCAUCCGCGUCCUCGAGGUGCUCAAGUGCCUCCGCUCCCUGCGAGCGUUCAAGCAGAUCCACACCUUCCAGCACGCCACCGUCAUUCACUCCAAGCGCGUCGAGAGCCUCUCAGCCGUGGUCCUCUUCCUCCUCCUCUGCCACUCUCUCGCCUGCAUCUGGUUUUGGUUCGCCAGGGAGGAGGCCAAGGGCUCCACCCCGAGCUUCUUCAACAGAGACACCUGCACCAACCGGUAG